AUGGACAACAUCGACGAGGAAUAUAACCGGCUCGUUGAACACGUCCACGACUGCACGAAGAAGACUGAGAGUUUUAAAACCACCAAGAGACGCCUGUCUCUUGAAACUUUUGUCGAAACGUCCGAGCUCGCAAGGCUUUGCAGAGAGCGAUCAAGGACGACCUUAAAGAGAGAAGAUGCAGAAGUGCUGGCUGAAGCUGCAGAGGCGGGGAAAAGCAUCCGCUAUGCCAGUCGAGACUUCGACAGUCGCAAGACGAGGAUGACUGCUCUCCGUAACCGGAAGGGAACAACCAUUGCAUCGAGAAGGGGAAUGGAGAAAAUCAUCUACGAUUUCUACUCUGAUCUCUUCGACAGCCAUAGGUUCUCCCAUCCCAGAACACCUGAAGAACCUUCCGGCAGUACUCAUCACGCAUCAGAAAAUUAUGAUGCUCUUCGUGUCUCACGCGAAACCAGGAACCACUGGGCGACUCUGGCACGCGAUUGGGACAAAUGGAAGAAUUACUGGCGCCUGCCGACCAGUUCGAAGAUCAACGGGAGUCAAGGUGAAGGUGAUCAAGGUGAACUUUGGAUAGAAUGUCACUGGAGAGAAAUUAUUGCUGAGAUUCGAGAAGAAGGCACAAGGAUCAAAGACAAACAGAGGACUCAAGAUGCGAUUUACAAACGUCUUGGUGUUUUUCGACGUAAAAUAAGAGAAGAGCACCGCCUCGGUCACGAUUAUAUCAAGAGAAUUAAUAUCCUUGGAGACGACUAUGACAAUUCCGAAAUGGAAAAUCUUAUGAGAACAUCAAAUGUUGAAGAAAAAGAUGUCAGAGGAGAUGAGAAACUAAUGAUGGCUCCAAUCCAGCUUAUUCGAAAUGCGGUGAAGGUGGGGAUGAUGAUGACUGGAAAGAAUGUAACGGAUUUUGACAAGAAGAAUGUCCAACUGAUCUCACCACGGUUCUUCCCGCUUACUCCAAACGGAAAUGAUACGAUCCAUGUAAUUUCACCAUCACUCUUUGCACUACACAGUGAAGGACAAGGAAUAGAAAGAGAAACUAGUUUAUCUAAUGAAAUGACACUUUCUGGAAAAAAUGACAACGAAGCAUGGUUGGACCUCAUUAUCGAAGCGGCUGGAGUGUCUGAUGCUUUGUAUAGUAUGAAGAAGGACAUGUUUACGUCGUACAAAAAUAGACGAAGAGAUGACCCUUUUUAUAGUCCUGAGGGACAGCCACUUUGGUUCAGCAAAGAAAAUGUGACCGAAAUGUUUGGUGAGCAAGAGAAAGUCAAAGUGGAGCUUUUCGAGCGACUUCAAAGGACGUUUACCAAAGAACAGCUGAACUUGAUGAACAUAACGGGAUACAGUAUAAUGACCGAAAAUCAACUAGAUAUGGUAUAUGGUUCGCAGUCUCCUUUUUACGAUCCACAGAUGCGGAAACAUUUUUCAAACGUUUCAAGAAAUGAUGUGUUAGUUGCUGUAAAUAGCAUGAUACAUGGUCUGGCUACGGAAACGAUGGAAUUCAAGGCACAACGGCGGAAAUCAAUUGUGCUUUCUCCGCUUGUGCUUGGUUCGAUCACUGUCGAUCCCGCUACUGCAUCACAACCCGUAAUACUUUCCCCUGUUCUACUUACACCGGUCGUCUUAUCGCCUGCCAUUUUCGGAGCUGUCAUAUUGUCACCAUGGGUGUUUGUACCCGUAAUUCUUGCUCCACGUCUUUUGUCACCCGUGAUUCUUUCACCUGUUAUGUUUUCUCCUAUUGUGCUUAGUCCACUUGCGUUUGAUCCCCUUAUCCUGUGUCCAGGUAUUGGCACUCCAUUCAUCCUAUCCCCGUUAGUACUUUCCCCAUUUAUUCUAUCGCCUGUGGCACUCAAUCCUCUUAUUUUAUCACCAUUUGCUUUAACGCCAUUUAUUGGGGUCCCACACACAUUGUCUCCUUUAAUUCUUUCUCCGUUCAUUUUGUCACCAAUCAUCUACUCCCCUCCUUUCAUUUCGGCGUUUGUUUUAUCUCCACAUGGACUUUCGCCCAUCAUAGAAUCCAAUGGCAAGCACUUUACAUCUAUUCUUUCACCCAGCUGGCUCAGCUAA